CUCUGCCGGGCAGCGGGACCCCGGGGCGGGCGUUAACCCCUGGCAGCGGGAGGGCACCGCGCCGGGGCCGGGCAUGGCACUGAGAGCUGCAGGACACGCAUCUCCCUGGACGGAUUGAUUUUUCUCCGUCUCUAUUUACAUGGUGAUAAGAAGUGCUAAUCCCACUCCAUCAGUCUGGACUGAUGAGUCUGAGGAAUAGAACAGAGCCCUGUGUUGUGUAAACGAACUGAUGGAUGAAGAUGAGAAGGACAGGGCAAAGAGGGCAUCACGCAACAAAUCUGAAAAGAAGAGGAGAGACCAGUUCAAUGUCCUCAUUAAAGAGCUUUGCACCAUGCUGCAGGGCCACGGGCACCCUCUCAAGAUGGACAAGUCCACAAUACUGCAGAGAACCAUUGACUUCUUACAGAAACAGAAAGAAAUCACAGCACAGACAGAAGCCUGUGAGAUUAGACAAGACUGGAAGCCUUCAUUUCUUAGCAACGAGGAGUUCACCCAGUUGAUGUUAGAGGCCCUGGAUGGCUUUCUCAUUGCUCUUACCACUGAUGGGAUUAUUAUUUAUGUAUCUGAUAGUGUUUCAUCUCUGCUUGGACACUUACCGUCAGAUUUGGUGGACCAAAAUAUAUUAAACUUUCUGCCUGAGCGGGAGCAGAGCGAGGUGUACAAGCUCCUUUCUCCACACGUGCUCAUGACAGAUCCUGUUGCAGCUGAUUUUCUGAACGCAGAAAAACAAAUAGAGUUUUGCUGCCAUUUAGCAAGAGGCAGCUUGGAUCCAAAUGAACCCUUGAUGUAUGAAUACGUGAAAUUUGUAGUGGAUUUUAAAUAUUUUACUCAUGUGCCUACACCCUCCUGUAAUGGCUUUGAGUCAGCUAUUGCACGAGCUUUCAGGUCAGCCACGGAGGAGCAGAUUUGCCUCGUAGCGACUGUUCGUCUUGUCACACCACAGUUCUUAAAGGAGCUCUGCAAUGUUGAAGAGCCGUGUGAAGAAUUUACAUCAAGGCAUAGUUUGGAAUGGAAGUUUUUAUUCUUGGACCACAGGGCUCCACCUAUUAUAGGAUAUUUGCCCUUUGAGGUUCUGGGAACAUCAGGGUAUGAUUACUACCACGCAGAUGACCUGGAGCUUCUUGCUAGGUGCCAUGAACACUUGAUGCAGUUUGGGAAAGGAAAGUCCUGUUACUAUCGGUUCCUGACCAAAGGCCAGCAGUGGAUAUGGCUGCAGACACACUACUACAUCACCUACCACCAGUGGAAUUCCAAACCUGAGUUCAUUGUCUGCACUCACCUGGUGGUUAGUUAUGCAGAGGUUCGAGCUGAAAGAAGGAGAGAUCUUGGCCUUGAAGAAUCAUCAAUUGAACUGGCAUCCUCUUCUGUAAAGAGCCACAGCAGCUACCUGGACGUGGGGCCGUGCGGCAGCAGCCAGGACGCCAGCCGGGAGGGAGUGUCACUGUCAUCCCACAGCUCCCGCCACUCCUCGCACACCGCCCUCUCCGACUCCGCAUCCACCUCAUCCAUGCGACACACAGACACCAGCACACCCACCCGGCCAUCAGUGCCAGGGGGACAGGUGGAGAAGGCAGCCCUGCGGCUGGCAUCAGCUGGAAGCGCUCAGGCCAUAACAACUCCUCAAGCCCCUGGUGACCACCUCCCUCAGCAUCCUGUGGCUCAGCCAGCAGUGCCCUCCCAGCACACUGUGAUGCCAGUGUACCAUUUCCCCACCCAGCUGGGGAUGAUGCAUCAGCUGAAAGAGCAGCUGGAGGAGAGGACUCGCAUACUGCAAGCUGACAUCAAGACACAGCAAGAGGAGCUCCAUGUCAUCAAGGAGCAGCUCCAGCUAGUGCAGGACUCCAACCUACAGAUGCUGAUGCAGCAGCCGAUCCCUGUUGUCUUUAACAACGUGCAGCACCCAAGCCCCAGGAGGCGACCCCCACCACCAGCAGGGACCCCCAGGCAGACAACAGCCAAGAAGUCACAACAGCAAGGUCUUCUGGGGACGAAGCACUACUGCAGCACCCACCUGCCAUCACCACGCCAAUUCCUCAGGGACCCCUGUGGCACGGCCACCCAGGUGCAGCAGCAGCAGCAGCACCUAAUGAGAGGAAACCAAGCCCAGCAAACGUGUCUGCCGGGGCAGACGAGCAUUUCAGUGCCCCUCUACAACAACCCCGUGGUGUUUUCACAAGCACAUCCCAUUGCUGUGGCUGCACAGGUGCCGACUGACGGCAGCGAAAGGCAACCACAGUCAGAGUACAGCCAGGACAGGAGCCUCAGGAUGCUGUUGGAUCAGUCUAUCCAAGCCAUGAUGCCUGCUGCCAACGGCAGUGGCCAGUCCACGCAGAGCAGUGCCAGCAGGCAGCAAGGAAAAUUCGUUGCAGAGCAGCAGAUCUUGCCUCCCCCAGUACAGAUGCAACCAGUUACCUGUAGCACCGUCCGACCUCCAGCCCCAUCGCCCAUUUUCUCCCCAUCUCUGAUGAUCCCACACACCAGCUUCACUUCCCACCAGGCAAACGCACCGGUCCAUCUCCAUCAGUGGCCACAGCAGCAGGUUCAGCAGCACCGUCUCUACCUUCAGAUGCAGGGUCCUGAGCCGGUGCCUGGGGGUCCAACACAGCGCAUUUUCCAGCCACCCCACGCCCCGCAGCAGAACCCCCUGAGCUACUUCCUCCACCCUCAGCAGCAGAGCCGCCACACGCAGGGCCAGGCCUGCAACCUGCCUGACCUGCCCGAGAUGCAGCUGCCCUGAAGGCCGGGCCAGGAGGCAGGAACCAGGUCGGCUGAGCCGCUCGGCGCCCCGGGCGCAGGCGGAGGGGAGGACCACGCCAUCAGAGCACAGGAUGGGUGAGGUCAGGCCCUGUGGAGAGGGCAGUGGCUGGAGGGACAGACCCCACUGGGGGCAGACAGCUCCAGGGGUACCUCGUCUGUUGGGAUUUCCACCCAGCCAGUCCGCGCCGCUGCUCCAGCAGCUGCUCGUGCCCUUGCCCAGCGCCGCGGUACGAGUGGAAGGCGAUGGCUUUCUGGCUGCAGGGAGGUUACUGAGCAGGUGACCAUAUGAAGAUUGCUUUGCAAUGGGGAAAAUCCUUUUCCAGUCAGGACUUCAAUGCUGACAGUCACUGUGAAUUUAAGCCCAGCAUUUGGAGCACCUACACAGACUGUACCGGUCCACCGGACACCAUUGGGUUACCAUGUAUAUAACUCCUUUUGCUGUAGUAGGUCCAUUGUGGAUUUUUUUUUUUUUCCUUUUUUCUAUACCUCAGUCCUACAAUUUUUUGUUUUCCAGGAGAUUGGAUAAUGCUGCUAAUUUACAUAACACCACUUUUGCCUGAAUUUCUUACUGUUGUUAUACCAGCUCACAUCGCAGCUAGUAAGAUAUUAGUCGUGUUUUAUUUUGGUUAACAAGUGCAGAUAAAUUUAUACGGUUUUUACUCCCUGUAGCCAAAUAUUUUUCAGGUUACAAGCAAAUAAUCCUUACUCCUCCUUUUUUUGGUUGUUUUGUUUCAAGUGAUGUAGUUGUAUAUGUUUCUAUACAUGAAAACAAACAAGCGUAGAACAACAUGUGACAGCAAACUUUGUGGUUUUGCUGGGUCAUGUUGCAAUUUGGUGAACCUGAAAGAUAUGCUCCCAAGGACACAAGUGAUGUUACAAGCCCGUAGGGUCAGCAAUAAAUUGUAUUUUUGUAAAUUGUCACUUUUUAACUAUAUGUUUAUAUUUAUGAAUUGUAAAAACAGUUUAUUCCUCAGUGGGUGUAUAGUUAAGUGUCCCUACUGUUUGUGUCUUUCCAAAGGAAAAAUUUACGCUUUUGAGGAAUUAGUAGCUCUUUACUAACUUUGGGCACUGUUAGAGCCCAAACUUUGGAGAUGGGUUCAGCCACAGCUUUAAGCUUUGCAAGAAAAUGGUUAGUUAGGACCAGGUCCCACUAGAAGCAAAGCUCCAUCUGGCAGUCAGAGCAAGGUUUAGGGAUGGGUUAGUUCAUAAUCUCUGUCGAGUCCAAGCAAAGCAUGCUUUUUUUUGCCUUUUUGUUUAUUUGCAUUUGUAUGCUUUUUUCCCGUGUGUGAGCCACUUUCUUUGCACCUCCACGACAGCUGGACACUGGUGCUUACUGAUGGAGCAGCCUUUGGCACGAGCAACCCUGAGCAGCACUGUGCUUCAAGGAAAGGGGAGAAGUGGAAAAGUCAGCAUGCAAAAAGACUAGGUACAGCUGGUUGUAUGUAUAUGUUUGGACUCGGUGAUCCCAAUGAUCUUUUCCAACCUGAAUAGUUCUAUGAUUCUACUCUGUUCUAUCUAUAGCCAGAGAUAUGGAGUGCUGUAGAUAGAGUGAUAUCUGUAGAUAGGGUGAUAUCUGUAGUUAGGCUUGCUUCUCCCCAGCAGCCACACACAUUUUCUCUGCUGCAGCGCUGGAAUGAUCUUGUCAGCUUUGGGGCCAGGUGUGAGUGUGGGAGCUUGGUGGAAGGGGAGGAGAAAACCCUGCCUGUUUCAGUCUGAUCAAAGCAGAUUGUGGCAGCCUGAGCUUCCCAGAGCGCUCAGUAAUGAGACAGGAAUCUGCCCGUGAAAUGCUUCUGUCUGCAGCCUUCCUGCUGCCUGACAAGGCACAGCGUGGCUCACUGCCUGCCCCUGCCCCACGGCACAAGAAGUUGUUUCCCAGUAACUGUUUUUUUCCUGGAGAAAGUGACAGGGUUUGGAUGUGCCAGGUUGCCUGAGAGGUAGGUUGCAUUUCCCUGCCUUGCCUACCAAACCUGCAUCACGCCAGCACACCUGCAUAUCUGUUCUACAGGAGCCCAGACGUGGCAGGUGUCAGUCAGUGAUGUGUCAGCUGGUGACAGUUGGGGUCAGGGACUUGCGAACGGGGACAGGGUUUUUUUCUUUAACAGGGCUUGGUAGGGAGGUAACGGAGGCAGAGUAGAUUCCUGGCGUUGUGGUGGCUUUGAAAGCAAGUCCAACA